AUGCCCAAUGACAACUUGUACGAGUUCACCUUCAGCGCACCAAUCAUGGAACAGCCGAAAUCGAUAGGCAGGAUACCAAUAGAGACUGUGCCAGUCAAGGCAUCCUAUUCACCAACGCCAACUAUUCCCAGAUCUCAGCCGCCGCCAAUAAGUUCCAGCCGGAAGGGGAACAGCUCAUAUUAUGGUCAGGUAUAUAUCGACUUGACACAAGAUGGCCCAAGCCUUGAUUCGGAACCUUCAGCAGCUACCAACGGAGCAAAUCUUGCUCCCGUCCAAAAAGCCGAGCCGGUGCAGGUUGCCAGAGCUAACCGCCUUGGCGCAAAUAACAAAGUCAACCCACCGUCGCUAUCCAUAUCAGACGCAUCGUCUGACUUGCCAUCCACGAAUCAUAUAUGUCAAAUAGUGACUCAUGAUACUCCCCGCACUCCAGGGCAGAAACGAAAGCGCGAUGACAGGCCUCCAGAUCCCCUAAAUGGUGUUCAACAAGUCGCAGUUACCUCUUCUGCUUCCACUGCUAGUACAAGUGUAAUCCAAGGAGUCGUUAAAGACACCAUUCGGCCUGCCUCGCAAGUUCCUCUUCAGGACAACAUCACCACACCUGCAGAAAUCGCCGUUCAGAUGAAAGUCAAAUCAGUACAAUUUAACUCAUCUGCGUUUGACACAGCUUUAUAUCAGCAACCUGAUGCGGCACCUCCCCCUGCUGGAGUAGUGAUCGGUCCGCGUAUAGAAAACAAGCCCUCCUUAAGUCAGACGACUUACAUCUAUGCAAACCCAGCUAUCCAUGGAAUGCACAACAGGUCUGAAGUGUGGCACGAAAAAAAAGCCCUCGAGAUUCAGUCACGCGGCGGUCGCAAGUUCUGGUUCGGUAAAGUUUCUGCACGUCUGCGAUGGUUGCAGAGGAAGCAGAUCAGAUCUUCUAAAACGCAAGACGUAACCUGUGACCAGAUGCCAGAACGCGCUGAUCCAGAGCCAGGAGCCUAUAGGAGGCCUCUGGAUUUUGGGGAUGUGCCUGAGUCAAAACUCCCCGAAAAGGUACGGCAGAAUCCGGACUGGCUAAAAGCCUGCGAAUGGUUCAGACAGCAACAAAACUUACGAGGCAUGCGGCUCCGCGAAUCUAAAAGAUGCGAGCAGGAAGCGAAUGAGUACUACAUGAUCCUAUCGCAGGGAGGGAUUCCGGACCCGGGAACGGAAGGUAGUGAUCAAGCUCCAGUAUGA